GUCACACAUUCACCAACAGCGGCCAGUUUGGUUAGUUUUCGCGUACUCCGGUAUCGUCAAUAAAUACGGACGAGAGUUGUGUAGGAAGAGUGUCUGAAUUGUUAAGGGAAGCAUUCAUGCUUUUGUCUUCGUCCCCCAGUACCACUUCGAACCCUGCUGUGAAGUCCAGUCGUUCAGCAGCGAUACCGCAGGCGACGAUCAAUCUCCCGAAACGGGAGUUACUACAUCACGGGCGACGAGCGGGGAUAGAAAAAACGACCCAAAUACGAGUGGUCAGCGGUGAAACAACUUUCAUACUUCAUAUAUAGACAGAUCAUUUGUAGUAUCAGGAAACAAUCGUGUUGUAAAGCCGAAGUGUAAACAGUUUACUUCGCUAAAUAAAAUGUUAAGCAAUUCAAAAGUGUUGAUUGUACAUAUAUCUUUUACUGCUUUAGUAAACAAUGUAGACAUCGGUGGCAUCCGAAAGGUACCAAGAAGAAUUAAAUGUACGUUUUGUAGUUGCAGAAAACAAUCGUGUUGUAAAGCCGAAAUGUUACCAAGUUACACUUCGCUACUUAAAAAGUUAAGCAAUUUUCCUCAAGCUUUAACUGGAACAAUACUUUUAAUGCCCUAUUAACCAACGGAGGCAUCGGGAAAGGCAUUGGUGACACCGGGAAAGGCAUCAAGAAGAAUGAUAUUCACGUUAUGUAACUUGUUGUGUGACGAAAAAAAUGUAUCUUGACUUGUUCAAAGCAUUAAUCACAGUUGGCUUCCUUUUUGCAUAUUAUAUCUAUUCAAUCGCCCCCAAUUCACGUGGAAAAAAGGCAAGUAGGAAAACACUGAGCUUCGAGAAACAGCCAUGUUAAGGCUAAUGUAUUUACCAUUCCUUAAAUAUUUACAAUCAAGACCACUCGUUUAGGAGACCUUUUCUCAAAAGAUCCACACGUGCAAAUAAUGCUGUUUUCCGUUCGAAAUGUUUUUCUUCCUAUUCAAUUGAACAACUGACUUAGCGUUUAAGCCGAGAAAAAAAUCACAAAGUUUGAAUUCUGGGAUGUUGUCCACUGUUGGCUCCAUCAAGUUACGAUUCUGCACCAUUGACGCUCGUGAAAAUCUAUCUUAACGUCACGCACGUCACGCAGCUAGCUACAAACCAUAUAUAUAAUUAUUCUUGAUACCUUUCCAAAUGCCACUGACUCCCUCUCCGAAGCCUCCAUUGUUUAUUAAAGCAGUAAAAGAUAUGAGUUCAAUCAACACUUUUGAAAAAUUGCUUAAACUGUGAAGUAAACUGUUAACAUUUCGGCUUUACAAUACGAUUGUCUCUGGAACAACAAAUUAUGUCUCUAUAUGAGGUAUAAAAGCUGUUUCACCGCUGACCGCUCAUAUUUGGGUCGUUUUUUCUAUCCCCGCUCGUCGCCCGUGAUGUAGUAACUCCCUAAUGAAACUCUUGGGCUUGCUGAGGGAAUGCCUCGGGAAAGUAUAUCCGCCGGCCUCUGUAGGUGAUUGAACAGACAAGAACGUUUGAGAGCGGCAUCUGGCCCUUACCAACGUAAUUACACAGCUAAUAAAACGGUGAAGAAAGAAAAGAAGGCUUUGGAAUAUGCUUUGUUACGUUGCUAGAACUCGAAUGAACCGGAGGAGCUUCAUCAUCUAAAAUGGGACUCUAUCAUUGCAAACGAAAUGCAGGUACUAGAAGAGUGUACGGACAAAACCACCAUACGAAAAGCAGUAAAGGAAUCUUUAACGGUUAAAUUUCCUUUUCUUGGCGUUGAUGAUUUCGAGUUUGUAAAGGUCCGCCACAAGGCAAUUUAGACUCUUCAAUUGGGACCAGUCAAUUGACAAUGACCGUUGUACUGUCAAUAUUUGCAACAAGGUUAGAUGUGUUUGGAUUUUUUAAGAUCUUUCAAAAAGUGCUAGUAUUGCUUCAUUUAAUAAGGCCAACAACACACAAGCUUACUGCAAGAUUGCUUCUCAAGUCAUUGUCCCCUGAACUCUCUCGAGAGGGAUCCACAUGUUGCCUAAGAGAAAAGCAAGUAUAUGCUUUAUUUGUUAAAUUUGUACGAGAAGCUUCAAGUGGCCGAAGAGACGGAAUCACUUUAAAUCAUGUUCUGGUAUUUGUUACGGGGCUUCUCAGGAGCCAGUCCAAGGAUUUGUCCUUCACCCCUCUAUUAAAUUUGCUUUUCGUGAAGAAUCUAAUAAGGUACAUGUCAAUUUCUAGUUCAUCCUUCCAACAGCACAUACGUGCAGCAAUGCUUUAGUCUUGCCCAUAGAUUUCCUGAUGACCCCUGUACCAGAGGAACAAGAGUUUUUUCCGGUUUAUGAUCUUGCCUUUGCAAAUACCCAUUUUGGAACAGUUUAAUCUCACACUACCUACAUUAACCCCUUAACUCCCAGAUUAAAUUUGUAAUUCUCCUUAAUGUCAACCAUACAAUUGUUGUAAUGUUAGUUCAGAGAAUUUAGUAUUGGAUCAAAUUAUCCUCAAAUUGAUAUUUUCUUUAUUUUCAUCACUUAUCUGAAUAAUAUUGUAUUGAUAUUGUAAUGAGAAAUUCUUUCUUGGUCACUCAUGGGAGUUAAAGGGUUAACUAUAAAGCGAAAGAGGCCCCUAGUACUUUGAAUGCACUGAAGAAAUAUGUCUGAUUAAUAAUGUAAAUUACUUUGAAGUUAGGGUCAAGGCUUCAUUUAAUGACAUGGCCUUACUAUGUUAUAACUGGAUAAACAGAUAAUGCAACUUUAUUGAGUAUCAUUAAGUCACUAGACUCAAAGUUUGGUGUUAACCACUGGUUUCCUUGUCUGAAGCCACUCUCUGUUAGAGUUGGAACAAUUUGUGUUCAUGUACUGAACAUUUCAGGUUUUCUAGUUAAUACAGGGAAAUUAGUUUACUUUUGAAACAGAAAAAUGACGAAAAUACUCUUUUCAUCUAAUUAGCAGUUGUGAUUUAGAGAAAGGGUAAAUGGCUUUGGCAAAUGCACUGUCUUUUCUUCAAUCUCUUGUAACUGCCACCCAAUCCAUAUUGAGUUUUGAGGGUUUCCAAAGGAAUGUGAAUCAGAACAUUUUCACGGCCCAUCCCACCUAUAACCUUGUAACAAUGCUACCUUUUUACAAAUUGUUGGAUUUGAUCCUGUUUUCAAUGUAAUGAAAUUUACAUAUAUGUUACUGUCAGUUAUCAACCAUGUU